CAGAGCACAGACGUACGGUGGAUGUGUUUAUGGACCUCCCACUGAUCAGAGUGUGGUUCUUGGCGAGCGGUGAUUGGCUGGUCUGUAUGUCAGCAGUGGGCGCGAGCGUACACCUCGGUCAGAGCCGAGCGCAGAGAUAAAUCCAUCGGGCUACAACUGCAGCAACUGAAAGUCUGGGUUUACGCAGCGACACCGGCAGCAGGAUGGGCUCCAGCAGCUCCAGCAGGAACAAAAUCCCCAACGCCCAGGAGCUCAUGCACCAAACCGGAUUCUCGUCUGCUCAUCUCCUCCGUCUGCACGACAGGUUUGAGAGUCUGGACAGAGACAACAGAGGAUACCUCAGCCCUGACGACUUUGAAGUGCUCGGAGGUUUGGCCAUGAACCCCAUCGGAGGCAGAAUCAUAGAAGCCUUUUUCUCCUCGGGACAGGAUACCGUGGACUUUUCCUCCUUUGUCCGGAUUCUGGCUCAUUUCCGUCCAACUGACAGAAACCGAAACAAAGAAGGAACACAGCAAGAGCUCCCCAGCAGCAGGACCAGGAAGCUCAAAUUUGCCUUUCAGCUGUACGAUCUGGACCGAGAUGGGAAGAUUUCCAGAGAGGAGCUUCUUCAGGUUCUGCGGGCGAUGCUGGGGCUGCAGGUGACGGAGGAGCAGCUGCAGAGCAUAGCUGAGCGAGCCAUUCAGGAGGCCGACCUCGACAAAGAUGAUGCCAUCUCCUUUGACGAGUUCAAAAAGUCACUGGAGAAAAUGGACAUUGAUACCAAGAUGAGCGUCAGCUUCCUGAAAUAAAGACACAACCUGCUAAGAAUUGACGUCAGCACAAAGAUCCCAGCAGGAAACAUCUGCAGGUUGAGAUCAGCUCUCAAACCAAACUGGAGAUCUGGUGGAUAGACUGAUGUUACUGCUGUGCACGCUGGGCUGCAGCUGGAUUUGUAGUGUUCAUCAGCGUUCCCGUGAGCCAGCACGCACACAAGCAGCACAGUGCAGUCACGCACCUGAACACACCUGCGACAUGUUAACAGUCUUAAAAAGGGAAAUAAUAAAGUUUUAUUCAAACCUUUUAAUGGAUCGUUUUAUUUAACGUUUAAUUAAUGUCUGUUCAUCAGUGAUGUCAUGAAUCUAAAGGCUGAAUUUGUCAGUAGGUUUCUAGCUUUGUGUGCAUUAAUAAACAUCUUUAUUCUCUCA